ACAGGACAGCAAAUAAAAACAAAAACUGAUAGCAUGAUGGUCAUGUAUUAAAAAUAGUAUAAAUUGUGCUCGCGCAUUUCGUCUUCACAAAUUAAAUAUGAACCUUAAAUAGCUAUUUCUGUGGUCGUUUUUUAGUAUUUCAUUUAGGAGGAGUUUAUGUCACACUGUUUCGCACACCGACGCUUCAUAGAAACAAUCAUUUCCAAACCAAAUGUUUAUUAAACUUUUUAACUUCACAUUUCUUGUGACAGAAAUCUCAAAGUCCUAUCUGAAUGUGUAAAUAUAUUUGUUAAAAUUUUAUUUUAAUAGUGAGUUUUAAAAAUAACACAAUAGCUUUUGCUAUCUUUAGGUCUAGGCUUCUCCCGAAAAUGCAAAUGUUUCUGAAGACCCACAAACGAUCGCAUUAUGAUUGUUUUCUUCAAACUUCUGUGAUAUUUUUGGUAAAGAUGAGUAGAUAAACACAUCUAGCGGCACUCAUAUUCUGUCAAUUUGAAAUUUUUUUAAGAAAAAAAAAGUUGAUGGCGCCGAGGUCUGUGGCUAGUCGCGCCCUCGGCUUCCGAGCACGAGGGGAAGGGAUGAGGAAGGGUGUGUGGCGCCAGCGUCUCAUCCAGAUCACUCAUUCUCUCUUGUGCAGCCGGGUAGGAUUAGUGUUCGUAACGCUCGAGGACGUGUCACUUAUUCAACGAAGUUUAUCAAGUCUUGGUACACAGUGUGUUGUUUACAACAAAUGUGCGAUUAUGGGCAGCACAAAAUGUCUCAAGAAACGGCUACAAUUAUCAAAGCGAAGGAAAUCCGCAAAAAGGAAAAUGCUUCUGGCGCGUACUGCUAAAAAUCUAAAAAGGGCAGACACUAAUGGCGUAUUACCAGAAAGAGAAGAUGAUUUGCCACCAUUGGUAGUUGAAACUGUCAAGGAGUCUACUUCAUGGGAUGAACUGACAGGAAAUCGCAUAUUCACCCCCGGAUUCGUAAUUCCGGUUAUACUACAAAUACAGAGCAGUCACACAAGAAAAUGCACGGCUGGCACUAUUCGAUUUAAAAAAGAAAUUCUAAGUGGCCUGCACUGCAAAUGGGUCCUCGAAUGCGAUAUGUGCCACAGGGAAUAUGAAAUACAAAAUGUAAGAUCUGGAAGCAGUGUUAUAAACACGUCAGGCGCUUGGGCAGCCUUGUCAUCAGGAGUUGGUUUCUCUCAGUUUGAGAACACAUUAAGUGUGUUGAAUGUUCCUUCCAUGAGUCAAAACACAUUUCUCAAGGAAGAAUGCCUCAUAGAAAAGAUACUGGAAGCUGACUUGUACUCGAGCAUGAAAGAAGCGGGCAAGGAAGAAAGAGAACAAGCUAUUCGAAAUGGUGACAUCGAUGAUGACGGAAUCCCCUUCAUUACUGUGACCGUGGAUGGCGGAUGGGCCAAGCGUAGCUAUGGACACAACUACAACUCCUCAUCUGGGGUGGCAGUUAUAAUAGGCCAACAUACGGGAAAACUUCUCUUUAUGGGCGUCAGGAAUAAGUACUGUUGUAUUUGUGAACGAGCCAUUACAGAACAGAAGGAAGCGAAACAACACUUGUGUUAUAAAAAUUGGGGCAAAACAAGACCAUCAACAGCUAUGGAACGAGAUGUUAUUGUUGAAGGAUUCUGCCAAAGUUUUGAAAUGCAUGGAUUAAAAUACAAGUAUUUCGUUGGAGAUGUGUAUACGCUAGGAUCAUGGAAAAAGUUCCUUAUGGACGUAGUGUCUUUAAAAUUGAGUGUGCCAAUCACUGUGUCAGAAACUACACCGGUCAUUUGCAUACCCUCGCAGCAGACAAGACUUUUUCGUCGGAAGCAAGGAAGCUGCUGAAUCCUGUAAUUCCUCGCCUUACAGCCGCAGCAAAAGUGAAACAAAUA